GCCACGAAUAAAUACUUAAUCUUUUAAUUCCAGAAAUAAUACUUGGAAACAUGAUACAUAAUUCAGUGCACUUGUUUUUGGAAUAAAUUUUUAUCAAAAAUCAUCGUUUUGAAGUUUUAUCUGGAAAGCAUGGAUGAUAGUGUUGUCACAGUUUCACAGAUUCUUGAAGCUUUCCGUAUACAUUUGCGGAAAUGGAAUUUAAAAUGUGAAAGCCGCGAAGUCGCACCUACAUCUGCCUCAUCCUAUAGCGAGCCGGCAGUUAGCAAAGACCAAACCAAUUUUUUUCUCAAAGUUGCUGACUUCGUGCGGCUUUGUGAAGAGUCAGGAUGUUUAAACCGUAUGUCUCUGAGCAAACUGCUUCAAGAGAUACUCUCGUCACACAUAUCUGCAAGUGUUGUGGCUUCACUGUUACAUCGUAUCUAUCACUCCUCAGAUACUUGGCCGUCUUUUUCAGCUGGUUUUUUCUCGGUCUUGCAUACACUCCCUUGUGCUUCAAUACCCAAUUUCUACUUUGAUUUUCCGGGCGAUGAGUUUUCUAAUAUUUCAUUACCACCCACGGAUAAGUGGCCAAGCCACAAUGGUUGGACGUUUCACUGUUGGAUGUACAGAAAACCUUUCAUAACCAAGGAUAAAAUGCAUUUAUAUUGCUUUCAAACAAAUGACCGGUUAGGAUUCUCAGCUUAUUUUGUUAAUGAGGUUCUAUUCUUAUCCGUUAGUCGUGAUAAAAAGAAGGUCGAUGAAUUUCCGAUCAAUUUCUCCUUCUGCCUUCAUGAGUGGUUUAUGCUUACAAUUGUUCAUUCUUCUAUGCGCUGGAGCGGGAGUAAUAUUAUUUGUUACGUUAAUGGUACUUUGGUGUCGAGUGUCGACACUACGUGGCAUUUAAAUGCCAGUGAGGUUUUUAGAACAUGUUUAAUUGGUCAGUCUAGUGACUCUAAAAAUGGAGAUGGUUUUCAUGGCCAUAUAUCUAGCAUAAUGGGAUUUGUAGAGGCUCUUACACCUGAACAAAUCAAUUAUAUUUAUUCAUUAGGUCCAAAAUACCAAGGUCAUCUCCGUUUUGAAGCUGAUGUCUGUAAUGAAUCUUCUUCUAAACAAACCGAAACGAUUAGUGACCUUAACAAGCUGUACAACUCACUUGUAUUUGCAUAUUCCCCUCUUUCUUGUGAUGGUCGGUUAUGCCUUAAUCAAGCUGUGAAUUCUCAUCAGCCAAACCAGACAUCUUUUCACGCUUUUAUGAAUGGGAAUGUUUCUACAGUAAUAAACAUUUCAGUGUCAGAUUUACUUAUUCAACUUGGUGGUAUGCAAUUGUUGUAUCCACUAUUCAGUCGUUUAGACUGGCCUAUUGAAAAAUCUGUUGCUUUUGAAAAUCAAUCAGAUGUACUGGAAAUCCUCGCUCUUCAUCCAUCUUUUGCUAAUCUUCAACUUUCUACACCUGAAAUGCCAACAAUUCUAAUACGUUUUAUAUUUGGUCUAGUUCGUAUAUCAUCAACAUUAAGAAAUCAAUUUGUUACAACUAAAGGUUUACUUAUUAUUUCCAAUGCAUUAAAUCAAUCAAACAUGAAACAUUUAACAAAGAAUUUAUUAAAUGAAUUUAUCAAUUUUAUGUUAUAUUUAAUUAAAACAAUUAAAUCAACUACUACUACACAUGAUGAAUUCAUUAUUCACAAUACUACUACUACUACUAGUAGUAGUAGUACUAGUACUAGUAGUAAUUUAACAUCAUCAAAUGUGAAUAUUUUCAUAAUACUUAUCAAACAAAUGUAUGGUUAUGUGUUGAGUAAUUCAGAACUAUGGUGUAAAGCUGCAUUAGAUGUUCAAGAACAAUUAUAUCAAUUUUUAGCAACUGAUUUUAUGGAAGUUGUUGAUUUGGGUUAUAUUGAACGAAUUGGUACUAUAAUUCAUUGUUUAAAUACAUUAAAAUACUAUUUAGCAUUGGCAAAUCCUCGUGCACGAAGUGGCUAUGAACUUUGUACACCAGAUCAUGAAAUAAUUGGUCCAGUUGAAAAGUUGGUUAAACUUCGUACAAAUUUAUUGAUUUAUUUGAAACGUUUAUUUACACGUGGUGGAAUUAUGGAUAAUGAGAUGCAAUUAAUUUUAGCCUUUUUAACUACAGUUCAAGAGCCAGAAAAUAUUCACGAUGUAGUCUAUUUAUUAGUCAGUACGUUAAUUGAAUUUCCUAGUACAUGUGGUCAAGUAUUUGUUCGUACCAAUGGAAUUCAUUGUGUAUUCAAAUUACUCACUUCAGAAGAUGAACAUGUUCGAAUUUAUGCUAUCAAAUUAUUCGGAUUAUAUCUUAUGUAUGGGAAAACAUUGUAA